UUUCUAUCGUGAUUCUAUAUCCAAAAAAAAAAAUAUUUUUUACUUUUUAACUUUUACCAGUGCCGAAGUUCAAUCUGAUAAGGAAAAAGUAAUCAAUAUUUCCUUUUUAAAUGUUAUUAUGAUGUUUAAUAUUCUUGUGAGACUUGUGAUGAUUUUAUGUGAAACUAUCUGGCAAAUGUAAGGAACUUGAUUGAACCCUAGAAGCAUCAUGAAUGCUCGUUGGAGAGAUUAUAAUGUAUAUAGAUCUUGCAAUGCAUAUGAUAAUGUUGCAAGUCACUCAAAUGGUGAACCAGGUGGCGCCUGUAUGUGGAAUGGUUCCAUUGACGUUGAAGAUCUUGCUCAAAAAGCUAUCAAUUUAUUCCCAUCUCCAAGAGAGUCAAAGAUCCAACACACCAGACAUCAUCGAGUUUUUAGAGCAUCCAACAAUCAUCUCUCGAGGCCUCAGACGACAGUUUUAUCUCAUAAAUUUAUUAAUAACUACAAUUGCUAUGAUGUUGGUCAAUUGAUUCAUCCAGACAAGGAUCCAACUACUUUUCUCAACAAUUCGCCUUCAAUCGUACGUGAAACAAUCAAUAAUUCUAAUACUCCUCUUGGAAUACCUUGUUCAGAAGUUCAAUGGUUAACAUGUACCACUUCAAACUGUCCAUUCUAUGACAAUGUCGGUUCAACUGUUCCAAAUUCACAAUCCUGGGUUAAUAAUCCAAGUUGGAAUAUUCAUGAAGCUUUUGAUAAGCAGCAGCCUUUAUGCUCUGAUAGAUUGACUAAUCAAUUUGAAUUAUAUCAGGACCACUUUCCAAAUUAUUGUCCAUUUUAUCAGGGCCAUGAAGAUCAACAAUGCAUGGAAGAUUAUUUGAACAGUGAGAAAAGAAAGGAGAAAUCUCGAGAUGCAGCACGAUGUCGAAGAAGCAGAGAAACAGAUAUUUUUGCAGAUUUGGCAGCAGCUCUACCUAUUUCUUCUGAUCAAGCAGCCCAUUUGGAUAAAGCAAGUGUAAUGAGACUAGCUAUUGCUUAUUUCAAAGUCAGGAGUGUUGUUGAUGCUUUGGCUGAACCACUUACGAAGACGGAAAUCGUAGCGGAAGUGGACUCGUUGUAUCCAAAAGCACUUGAUGGUUUUAUGUUGGUUCUUGCAAGUAAUGGAGAUAUGGUCUACCUCUCGGAGAACGUCAGUGAUUAUCUGGGAAUUUCCCAGAUGGACAUGAUGGGGCAAAGUGUCUAUGAGUACAGUCAUCCAUGUGACCAUGAUGAAAUCAGGGAAUGUUUAUUGAUGAAACCAACAGAUGUACAUGAAAAACGCCCCUGUAGUUUUUUUAUUCGUCUUAAAUGCACUUUAACUAGUAAGGGCAGGAAAGUUAAUCUCAAAAGUGCAUCAUAUAAGGUAAUUCAUUGUACUGGACGUCCAAUGGUGAGCCAAAAUCUUGUAAUGAAUGUGACUGACAACGGAGACGAAGGAAAAUUCAGCGGUUCAUCUACUGGUUCGGGAUCUGAAGAUAGCCAGGAUGAUAAUAGUGACAAAGAAAAUAUCCGCCAAUCGAUUGGAGCUUCGCUUGUCGUUGUUGGUUGUCCUAUACCUCACCCUAGUAAUAUUGAAGUUCCACUUGGUCGUCAUACUUUCUUAUCCAAACAUAGUCUUAAUAUGAAGUUUACAUAUGCUGACGAGAGAUUGUCAGAACACUUUGGUUGGAGCAACAAGGAAUUAGUUGGCAAAUCAGUCUUUGAAUUUCAUCAUGCUCUUGAUAAUUCUGCUCUCGACAAAUCUUUCAAAUCUCUGUUCAGUAAGGGACAAUGUGAAACUAUGGCAUACCGUUUUCUCAAUAGAACAGGUGGAUAUGCGUGGGUAGUGACACAGGCGACACUCAUUCACUGUUCUAAGCAACGAAAGCCUUUAUCAGUAGUCUGUGUAAAUCACAUACUGAGUGAGGUCGAGUGUGAGGAUGAGGUGUACAGUGUACGCCAGUUGGAAGCGCGAAGCGCUAGCGAGAAGCUGAAGAAAGAUCAAGAAGUCGAGGUAAAUACGGAGAAACCAGAAACAAAGGUUCCUGAAGUCAAAGAAAAGGUCCUGGUUGAGUCAAUAGAGUCGAUUGAAGAACAAGAUAGUACAUCAGACGUGUACAUUCGAGAGCCAGUUAUUUCUGAAAGUAGUCGACCAUUAUCUGUCACAGCAUUAGUCUUCAAAGAUCGAGUUUCUGAUAAAAUUGAGUGGGCGACUCAGGAUAAACCAGCCGUGGAACACGAUCCAAUACGUCAUCGUGGUGAUUGGCCUCAAGCAGUUACGAGGAACUUAUUCACUUCUACUAUUGGAUCCACUUUAACAGGUCAAGAGACGCAACUGCCAUUACCUACAAGCCGGCCUCCGCCGCAGACAGCAACUGCUAGUAUUUUUGCUCCUCGUACUGAGGAUAUGAACAAAGGCUUCCUUACUUUCAGUGAAGAUCAACCGGGUCUAACAAUGCUAAAAGACGAGCCGGAAGACCUUACUCAUUUGGCACCAACUCCAGGAGAUGUUUGUGUACCUCUAGAAGACACACCGUUCCUCUCGGACAUGCUUGAUGAAUUUAUUUUAGGCAAUGAAAAUUACUGCCCUCUGUUGAGUCCAAGUUUACCCGCAGAAUUACCCAAUUCUGAUCUUACUGGAGAAUCAGUUAAAGAAAGUGAUAGCUUUGGAGAAUCUCUUGAAAGUGAUCCUUUCUUUUAUAGAGAUACAAGUCCAAGUCCUAAUAUUUCACAAAACUCAAAUCUUCUUUCUCCGGUAUUGGGAAAAGGUUCUGAUUCACAGAGUAUAGAUUCUCUUCGUAGUCCUGAUACAAAUAGUCCAGCAGUUGGAUCUGGAAUCUCAGAAGAUGAUAUGCUUAUGCUUAGUAUCGACGAUGUUAUAGCUGAUGAAGAAUUAGCACUACGAGCUCCUUAUAUUCCAAUGUCUGAUCAAGAUGAAGCUCUACAGCUUCUUAUUAGUGAUGAUAUGGUUAUGUGGGGUCCAACACAACCUCCAGACAAACGAAAAAAGUGGGACAUGAAGGAUGAAGAUUCGAAUUCUUAUGAAGAAUCCAGUUUGGCCAAAUUAUUAAAGAGUGAUGAUGACCUGGACAAACGCAGUUAUGGUUCUCUAGUAAAUCCAGUUCAGGUUCUUGGUCAAACUUGCAGGAAAGGAACAUUGGAGAGGUCGAAUAAGCGGCUUCAUGGACCAACUUCGCCAAAUGCGGGGGGUGAGAGUAAGCGCAUCAGAUGUCAAGACACAUCGAAAAUAGAUACAUCCCCAACCACUAUCACUGCCACAGAAGUCCCUAAGGUGGAUGCGACUAAGCUAUUACGAACGACGUCGUUGAGGGAAGAGGUUACCAAUCACUCAAGUCUUCGCGUUAAUGAGAAAGAAAUUAACGACACACAGCAAAGUGAAACCCUCUUGCUUCAGCAGCUGAUUGGAGAUCACGAUCUUUCAACAGCGGUGAAAUCAUCAAGGCAAAAGAUUCUGUCAAAUGAUCAACAUAGUUGUCAAGAAGAUGACGCGGGUGGUGGUGGCGAAAAGCUACAAAAACGCCAGUCAAACAGUGUUCUUAUGAACCUCCUAGUUUCUGGCUGCGAUGAAACGUGUGUAGAUCUGCCAGCGUUGCUGAAGGAAAAGCUAUGUAUGCCGUUGCAUAUCAAUGUCGAUGAUGAUCAACAGAUUUCUAUGAAAACUCCGUAUCUGACAACCUAUACAAUCAAUCCAAGUUCUCCGAGUCCUAAGAAGCUCCUUGUUGACAGUGUUACAUCUUCUAAUUCAAUCAACGACAUUUACAACUCAGUGUCCAAGUAUAUGGACGAUUUUACUUACAUAGACUCAACAAAUGUUCGUUCACCUGGCACUGAACUACUAGAAAUCCUCGGCAGCACCGAUUAAUCUAUCAACGAAAAGUGAAAUCCGUGAUUAUUAUAUAUUUUUGUACACUAUUGUUUGUCAUUUUAAUGUAUAUUUUUUUAAGUCUAUCAGAUAGUAACACUAUCGUUAUAAUAUCCACUAAUCAAUAUAGGAAAAUCCUUAAUGAUUAUAGCUCAUUCUAUGACAUAAAUAAAUAGUAUAUAAAUAUAUAUAUAUAUAUAUAUAUAUAUAUAUUCGCAUAACAAUUAUAAUAGAGCGUAUAAAUUAAAUGAUUACAAACGGUGUUGAUGGUGCAUUUUGUAUCAUUACUUCAUUGGUAUUGAUCAUUUCUUUUUUUUAUAUUUGAUAAAUAUUAUAAGAUUAUAGAAUAAAUAAUGAAUACGUUGAUUAAAUAAUCAACAUGAAAUUAUAUUAUAUUCAAGAAAUAUAAUGAAUUAUGUUUGUAUGUCAUAUUGUGGAUCAAAAU